AUGGGAAAUGCUGUCACGAAGCUCCGGUAUAGCUUGACCCGGAUGUGCUACAAAAUCAACGGCUCACCGGAGGUGAAAAUGCUCAUGGUGGGGCUGGAAUCUGCAGGAAAGAGCACUGUUUUGCAGAAGCUGCAGCUGGGGAAGGUGGCGACGAGCACGCCAUUUGAAGGCUUUCAGGUGGAAUCCUUGCAGUACAAGAACACCUCCAUCACUGUGUUGGACCUGGGAGGCGAGGGGCAGGAGAAGCUUCGCCCAAAGUGGCGGCAAUACUUUAAAGGCACCACGCGGCUGAUCUUUGUGGUGGAUAGCACUGACCGUGAUCGCCUAGAAGAGGCCAGGGAAGAACUCCAUUUGAUGCUGAAUGAGGAGGAGAUGAGCAAUGCGGUGCUGCUGCUUUGGGCCAACAAACAGGACCUUCCGAACGCUAUGAGCAAGAACGAACUUAUCGACGCCUUGGGCCUCAACACUCUGCGCCGCAGGCAGUGGUUCAUUCAGACCUCCUGCGCCCUAUCAGGAGAUGGCUUGUACGAAGGGAUGGACUGGCUGACCACCCGAAAAGUGGCGCGUGGAGUGGCGCAGCACGAGAUGUUUGUUUGUACCAACUUUGUCUUUUCUAGCCAUGCAGCCACGCACCUUUGUGCCAAGACGCGGCAGUCGCCACAAGAGCGGCUCUGUUCCUCCCACGACCCCGCUGUGGUCGUGGCAGAUGACGUAAUGCUGUUCCGGGGGCCUGCAGAAGGCGGAUUUCCAUUCCUCCCACAAGAGGACCAGGUGCCCAUGAAAGUCUUGGUGACGGGUCGUGCGGUGAAACGCCCAUGGCUGCAGAAGGGAGAGCUCUUUUUGAACCAAGAUGAUUUCUUGGCUUUCUCCCAUCGCUUGAACCUCAUGACCUACCAAGCUUUGGAAGACUUUGGCCCCGCGGGCUGUUUCGCCGCGGAUCCGGCACCGCCGCCGGUGCUGGUGUUGAGCGCUUGCGGCCUGGCGGAUCCCGAACAUCGGCAGCCCAGGGGCGGCAUUGCCCAGGCCUUGAAGACCUGGAGGACCAUGUGGUCUGGCUAUUUCCAGGCCGUUGUCAUCGCCUGUGGUGAUCGGGAGACUGCCGCCAUCAUUGACCGCGUGGUGAACACCGAAGCUGGGAACGGCAACGGCGGGCGAAGCGGAAAGCUGCUGAUAGGUUCUGGCGAAAAUGACGACAUGUUUCAACAGCACCAGGCCCCGGGACCAAUUCCGCCACCUAGCUUGCCUUUGGAUUUCAGCUGCCCGGUUUGCCCUGAUUGCUGCCUUUGGAUUGAACGGCAAGCUCUACAGGGUCCUUGGAUGAGUGGCACCCGAGCUGGCAUUCUAGCCGAGCUCGUUGCCAUCCGUGAGGACUUGGUGGGUUUGGCUGACCGACUGGACAGGCUUCAGGCCCAGGUGGAAGGUCUUGGUGUUGAGGAUUUUGAGUUGGUAGACGGGGGCUCCGUCCGUGGUUUGCCUGCUGGAGUUGCCGCCAAAGCUGCUCCAGCUCCUCUGACCUCGGAUCGUGAAAGGACCUCUGCUGCUGAGCAGACAGGGCGCUUCUUUGUGCGCUGCUUGGCCAAUCUUCCUGGUGGUGAUAGCGGCAGAAGCCGUGUGAAACUCCAGAACCGGCUCUACGUGGUGGUGCGAUCCAUUCGCGGACAGGUUUUCAAUCCUGUUCGUGUGCUCAGCCGUUUCUCUGAGGCCAGGGAGUUGGUCACUGAGACUGGUGUGGGUAGCAAUUUUGGUGAUUCAAUCUUUGCUGGAUUUGCAUCGCAGUGGGAAGCUAAGAUUGCUGUUCAAGAGGUUGCCCUAGUUGCCUUUGACGAUCAGAAAGGUUUUCUAGUUGCUUUGCCUGCAUCGGCUUGGGACAAAAGAGUUGACAAAAGAAAGCUCAAGCCAGGCACCAUCAACAAGGUGCUCAAAGUUGCCGUUGGUGGAAGCACAGAAGAGGACCGUCUGCAGGCUGCUGAGGGCAAAACUAUAAACAGCUGGAUUGGCUGGCUUUCGGAGGCAUUUGUUCCUUCGAUCAGUUUUGGUGAAGAAGUGGCUACCUCUGGGUUUGUAGACAGGGACUCAGGGGAUCCAUGCUUUCCUUUUGCGGAAGCCUUGGUGGAAGCAGCGAAAGACAAGUUUCAAGUUCGCCACCCUGGCGAGGAAGAAGUUCCUCCCGAUCGUUUGACUGCUCUGGAGAACCAGUUUGGUCAACUUCGGGGAAGCCUAGAAGAGUUGUUAAAGUUUCACCGAGCCGGAGGAGGAGGAGGAUCUGGCUAUGUCACUGCAGAAGAAGUUCCAGGCGGCUUAUCCAAGAGUCCUCCAAAAACUGCAGGCAAAGUCAAGGCGAAGGCCAAAGUGAAAGGCCCUCCAGUUGGCCCCCCUCCGGGUCUGGGAGCAGUUCACGAUUUUCCAGGUCUCGAUCCAGGGACCGUUGCUGCAGCCCUGCAAGCUGGUGUUCCUCGGUCUCAGCUGGAAACAAUCAGUCGAGUAACUCUCGGCCGACCGGCCAAGCUGGGCGAUUUCCCUGCCGAGGAGGAGGCUGCAGAUGGCGAUGGAUCAGUCAUGGAAGUCGAGCAAGAGCAAGAAGACAUGCCUGCGGAUCCGAUGGCCAGAGCAUUGGUUCAGUUGACGACCAUAGUGGGCCACCUUUCGAAGAAAGCCAAGUUGGACCCCUUGGAGGAUGCCUUAGAAGGCCUCUCAGGAUCUGGGUCUGUGGAGCAGCCAAGCGGUUUAGCCAGGAAGCAUGCCGCUUUGAUUGCAGCCUUGAAAAAGACCUUCAAAGAAAAUCCAAAACGAAUCUGGGAGAUCAUCGAGUCCAACAUGGCCGACGAAUUCGAUCUCAGAGUGUCCCAACCCAAUGUACCGGGACUCUCCUUCACUGCGAGAGGCUGGGCCGAGCAUCGGUCACGCAUUAUGGGUUAUGCUCGGAGUGUGAGGGCAACAUGGACUCUCAGUGGAGUGCUCGAUGCACUCCGGAAUGGAUGUGUCGACGAAGCCCGAGCAAGGUGCUGCUUAGGACUAGCACAGCUGGAGCAGGAGAGUUUGGAUCAUGGAAGCUUCCUUCUAGCUCAAGAAUUCUCAUUGGAGCCGCCAGCUCCCUUGUCGUCUUUCCAAGCUCACGCCUUGCCCGAUGUCACCGAAAUGCCACACACGAGACUUAUGGACUCUCGUUGGGUGGAUGCAUUCGCCCAUCGACUGAAAGAGGUGGACAAUUACGUGGAGAUGCGCAAGAAGUUGGGGCAGAAGUCAAAAGCAGCUCCAGCUAUCCCAUCUCAUCCACCGAAAACGGGUGGCAAAGCGAAGGGCAAAGGCACGUCCGGCCAUGCACUUGCGGACUCACGAGUGGAUGAAGGUGACCCUUUGCCGGGCUCUUCUACCUCACAGCCUCUGGCUCUAUUCGGUCGGGGGAAGCCGGAAUCCGCUCAGAGCUCCGCCCAGCAUGGUGCCGUUGACAAGCCCGGCAGCGUAUGUCCGCUUUCGAGCGAUGAGGGCAUUUUGCCCGAGGUGCAGUUGGGUGAUGACUCUUCAGCCAGGGUUCCAAAGCAUAUCCCUGGUGCUGGGGCGUCCUCCAUCAGAAUUUGGGCAUCUUGGAGCAAUUGGCAUCAAGAUCUUUUUGCUUCUUCGACUCCUUUCAGUCGUUUUUACAAGGCACAGUGUUCAAGGUGGCUAGCAGCUAAUAGCCAAGCUGUGAGAGAAGAGGACCAAGUUUGGCCGAUGCCUCUGCCGUACAGACGUUUUGCUGGAAAGGGCAUUUGUGAUAGGGAAAGAGGCUUUCGCAGGCUUUUGAAUCUGCAAGUUUCUUAUCUCAAUUUCCUCCACUUGGGAGGUCGAAGCCCACCUUCUGGCAUUUGUGGCCCUAUGCCACUUAGUUCCAAGCAGAAGGAGGUAGUGGCCAGACUACGGCGCCUCUCUGAGGCAUGGAGUCUUCUUGAUGAACUUCAUGCGGCUGAUAUGGGCCGAACUGCAGCCAAGCAGGAGAAACAAGAACAAGUUCUCGGCUGCCUCACCAAGAUGUGCACUGCGGCUGUGGGUGACCUGAAAAAGUAUCGUCUGCAGCGCUCUUGUGUAACUCAAGGUCAUGAGAAGGAUGACUUAGGCAUCAUCAUUGACGACUUCGUCAUCAUGCAAAAGGUUUCGUGGGAUGCUCAGGAGCUCUACAUGGUUGAUGCUUCCAACUGGGGGGAUGCCGUUGCUGACGAACUUCCUGAAGGCGAAGUUGCCUAUGAAGAGCAUCCUGUUUGGGAGUCUGCUGCUCGUUGUUUGGAUUUCAGUCUUGUCUGGAAGCGUCGUGCAAAGUCUCAACGUCACAUCAACGUGGGUGAAAUGAGGGCGUAUUUGAAGGCUGAGGCGGUUGCUGGUCUAAGGGCGUGUGAUCAGCGCGUUCCUGUGGGUGGUGAUUCCCAAGUGGUCAUCGGUGCGGUGUGCAAAGGGCGUAGUGCUUCGGAGUGUCUUAAUGAAGAAUUGCGUCGCAGUCUUCCUCAGCUUUUGGGUAAUGGUAUUUACAGUACCCCUGGGUAUGUUCGUUCUGCUCACAAUCCUGCUGAUGACCCCACCCGUGGAAAGUCUUUGCGUUCUCCUUCUUGUUAUUUGCCCCAAUGGUGGAUUGAUGCUGAUUUGGGAGAUUUCUCUGGCAUUGACGAGUUUUUGUCCAGCUGCGAUUUGCUUCCUGAACAGUUGGCUGGCUAUGACAGUUUGGCAAAGCUCAAUUUGAAAGAGCCUGAUCUCCUUGACAAAUCCAUUUGCAGCUCAAGGCAUCGCAAGCAAAAGAUUUCUGUAAAAGAAAAGUUGAGAAGUCGAAAGGCUUCUGAAGUCAGCAACGAAGUUUCACCUUCAGAUGAACCCUAUCCCUGGUCUCAAGAAAUUUAUGACAUCUUUUUAUUUUUUGGCAAGGAGCAAUUCAUUUUUGGUUCAGAUGAGCGUUUCCCUCCUGUUCAACCUGGCUUCAUUGACCUGUAUUCUGGCAAGAAAGGAUUUGCUAGAGCAUGUUCUAAGCUAGGGGCAACAUGGAUUCUCACGGUAGACAUUUUGGAUGGUCCUCAGUGCGAUUUGCUGGAUGGAGCGACUCGCAUCCGUAUUGAAAAGCUUUUGAAGGUGGGAGCCUGUUUGUGUUUUUCUGCAGCUCCCAUUUGUGCUUCCUUUUCCACUGCCAUAACACCGGCGGUGCGGAGUCCUCUGGAGCCUCGAGGCAUACAGCCCAUCAGACCUGGCAUGGUGAAGAAGAUAGCCGAUGGGAACAGAUCGGUGAGGCUAAAAAUCCUGGACCGAGACAGCAGAAGCCUGCUACCCGUGAUCCGCGGAGGCUCGACCAAGUUGAAAUGGUCAGGUCCAAUGUUUCUACGCAUUUCCAAGCCCAAGCCUGGGCGACGCGGGAUGGGCCGCGUACAGCACGCAAAGAUUUCUCAAGAGUCCAUUGUUUCGUUUCUUGUCCUGCAAAACCAGCCCCUGAGCCCUUCAGCCAAGGAAUGGCACUGGAAACUGGAACUCAUGCAGCUCUCGUACAACCCAGUCUUUGCCAACAUCGCGCGGCGAAUGGCCACCAUUCGCGAGGCCCCGGUGAGCCACUCGGGGAGCCUGCGCCCGGACCAACCGCGCAAGAAUGGCCGUCGUAGCAGUGGUGCUGGGAUCAUGUUCCUCACCGAGGCGGGGAGUCGAUGGAGAUUUCAAGAUGAGUUUUGUUAUUUUUCUACAUGCACUACGGUUCAUGUUGAAAUAUGUACUAUUGGAAUUGAGUUUUUGUAUAGUUUUUAUGUACGAUUGGAUAUGUACUAUUGGUUUUUGAUUGAUUUUUUUGUGCGAUUGAUGAGAUUUGUCUUUGGAUUUUGGUUGGGUUCUGAUGGAUUUGUAACUCAGCAAAAACACAGGUGA